UCCGUCAUCGAACGCAUUUGGUUCAUUGCUAGCUAACAGGUACCUUACCCGUUGGAGGGGUAUUACUAUUCCCAGGGGGAAAAAGGAGCACCUUAUCUAAAAAAGAUGCUUUGUCUCUCCAAGCAAGGCCGGCUUUCAGGUGGGCUUUCACUAUUUGGCUUGGUUGUCGUCAUGCCAGCUGCGACCUUUGAAAGCGAAUGGGUAAGAUGGAGUUGCGCUAUUGCGCGUCAGAGCUUGUUUGCCAGUUUAGUGGCGUGACCUCUUAUAGUAAGAGACCACUGGCAAUGACAGUGAUGUACUGAGGGAGAAAAAAACAAUAUCUUUAUGAACAUCACUUCCACUUCCUUUGAUCUGUUUCGUCCGUUUUGAUUCCAUACCUUCCUUCUACGAAUAGAGGUGAAGCUUUGUGCUUACCCCAGACAAUUGAUCAAUACGUGCAGCACAAACUAUAGACCCCGGCUGUGCAACACUUACCCGGAUCGUGAGAUUUGACAGACUGGCUUCCGAUAAAAAGAAAAAGACAAAAGCCUUUAACAAAACAAGAUGAAUCGAAGCUUCUCCAUACGCUCCAGCAAAGGGCAGCGCUCAGGCGCGCAGAAUGGCGGAGGCGCACACGCGAACCGCAACCGAGGCGGGUUCCUCAAGUCGCUGCGCGGCCCGCUCAACAAUCAGCCCGAGCUCUCGCGCCGGCUGUACAAGCUCAUCAAGUCGGAGAACACGCUAGUCGGGGCGCACGAGACCGCCGGGCGGGAGCGCAUCUCGAUCGCCACACAGCUGUCCGAGUGGGGCGAGCGCACUCCUGACCCAGCCGUCGCCGACCUUUCGGACAAGCUGGGCGUCGUUCUGGCCGAGGUGGGCGAGCAGGAGGAUGCAUACGCGCAUGCGAUCGAGGACAGCCGUUCCAUGCUCAAGCACAUUCGCAACACGGAAAGGAGCGUUCAGCCCAGCCGGGAGAGUCGGGGAAAGCUAGUGGAUGAGAUUGCACGCCUCAAGAGCAAGGAGCCGCAGAGCGCGAGGCUGGUGAUCCUUGAGCAGGAGCUCGUCCGGGCUGAGGCGGAGAAUCUCGUGGCCGAAGCGCAGCUGUUCAACAUGACAAGAAAAAGCCUCAAGGCAGCCUACGAAGCCGAGUUCCUCGCCACCAUCGAGCGUGCCGAAAAACAGAUAAUCCUCGCGCGCCACGGCAGAAGACUCCUUGAGCUCCUCGACGAGGAGGCAGUGGUUCCGGGGGCAGCCAUUCCCGAGUACCAUGGAGCAGCGGACAGUCGGCAGAUAGUGUGCGACUGCGAAGACGACCUCGGGAACUGGCGGCCAGACUACCGCUUGGAGUCUGAGCAGGCGGCGUCGUCAACUCCGGCGAUGAGCGAGACCAACGGCAGCAAGAAAGAGGCGACCGUGGCUCCGGUGCCAGCAACCACCACAGAAGCUGAACAAUCUCCGGUGAUUAACCAGAACGGGAAAGCGAGUGAAGUGGCGUAGGUGGCCAGCCCACAUAGCAUUUCCAGCGCGGGCUGUGCGUCGUUCACGCUGCUCGAGGACGUGGGGAGUAUCGAUGUUGAGCAAGAGCAGGCCUUCGGCGACAACAGCGACGCAAAGGCGACGAAGCUUGACGCGGUAUGGGCCAGCGCUGAUUGUACCUUGGUUUCUGGCUCUCCAGAGAAGGAGCUUAUUGUUUUUCUGUAAUUUUCAUGCUGGUUAUACCUUUUUUUUAAGACAUUGCUGGAAAGGAGUUGACUUUGAUGGAAUUUCAAUCUGGAGCAAAUAUAUUUACGACGUGAUGAGGAGAGUGAUGAGAGUAUGAAUUUAUCUUUGGGUUAGAAUGAGCUUGACGUUCGAUAUAGGUUCCGAGCCGAAGGCAAUGAGUUGUGCAAUGGACUGAAUUGUAGUAGCUUUAAGGAAUAGACAAGUCUGUCCUGAACUAUGUGCGGCAAGUCAAGUAGUUGCUCCGUUGAGAACUUCAGAUGAUGGCUGCUGUACAGUUGAAGUGGAGAUGCCUGCCGAAUUAUG